UGGGCGGAACUAGAUGCUCCUCGGCUGCUCUCGCUGCUCCCCGAAGGGGCCCAGGUCCCGGCAGCCCCCAUCCUCAUACUCUACUUGCCACUUGCCUAGCCCUUCGGAAAGGGCCAGUCCCCCUCGGCCCCGCAGCCCUGGGCCUGGCGCGGCUGGACCUGACCGGGCCAAGAUGCCCCCGACCCUCUUCCAGAAGCUCUUCAACAAAAGGAGCGGGCUGGGCUCCCCCGGCCGGGACGCCCGGGACCCCGACUGCGUCUGCAGUUGGCCUUUGUCAGAGUUCGAUCCAAGCCAAAUUCGACUAAUCGUGUAUCAAGAUUGUGAAAGAAGAGGGAGGAAUGUCUUGUUCGAUUCUAGUACUAAAAGAAAAACUGAAGACAUAUCUGUGUCGAAACUUUGCAGUGAUGCUCAAGUAAAAGUCUUUGGGAAAUGCUGCCAACUGAAACCUGGAGGAGACAGUUCUUCUUCUUUGGAUAGUUCUAUUAAUUCUUCAGAUACAAAAGAGCAAUGUCCUAAAUACCAGGGUUCUCGGUGUUCUUCUGAUGCCAAUAUGCUUGGAGAGAUGAUGUUUGGCUCUGUAGCCAUGAGUUAUAAGGGUUCUACCCUAAAAAUUCAUCAAAUUCGUUCUCCUCCCCAGCUUAUGCUUAGCAAAGUUUUUACUGCACGUACUGGAAGUAGCAUCUAUGGAAGUCUAAACACGCUACAAGACAGUCUUGAAUUCAUUAAUCAGGACAAUAAUACAUUAAAGGCAGAUAAUAACACAAUUAUCAAUGGGCUUCUUGGAAACAUAGGUCUUUCACAGCUUUGCAGCCCUAGGCGGGCAUUCUCUGAGCAAGGCCCGCUCCGCCUGAUCAGGAGCGCCUCUUUCUUUGCAGUUCACAGCAACCCAAUGGACAUGCCUGGAAGAGAGCAGAAUGAAGACAGAGAUAGUGGCAUAGCACGCUCUGCUUCUCUUAGCAGUUUGCUUAUUACUCCAUUUCCUUCUCCAAACUCCUCACUUACCAGAAGUUGUGCUAGCAGUUACCAACGACGCUGGCGACGCAGUCAGACAACCAGUUUGGAAAAUGGGGUCUUUCCUAGGUGGUCUAUAGAAGAAAGCUUUAAUCUGUCAGAUGAAAGCUGUGGUACAAAUCCUGGAAUUGUUAGGAAAAAGAAGAUUGCAAUUGGUGUAAUUUUUUCACUUUCCAGAGAUGAAGAUGAAAAUAGCAAAUUUAAUGAAUUCUUUUUUUCACACUUUCCUCUCUUUGAAAGCCACAUGAACAAAUUGAAGAGUGCAAUAGAGCAAGCUAUGAAAAUGAGCCGGAGGUCAGCUGAUGCCAGUCAGCGCAGUUUGGCAUAUAAUCGUAUUGUUGAUGCCCUGAAUGAAUUCAGAACAACAAUUUGUAAUCUUUAUACGAUGCCCCGGAUUGGAGAACCAGUCUGGCUCACAAUGAUGUCUGGAAUUUCUGAGAAGAACCAGCUUUGCCAUCGUUUCAUGAAAGAAUUCACUUUUCUGAUGGAAAAUGCUUCCAAAAACCAAUUUUUACCAGCUCUCUUAACAGCAAUCCUGACCAAUCAUCUUGCCUGGGUCCCAACAGUCAUGCCUAAUGGACAACCACCUAUAAAAAUCUUUUUAGAAAAACAUUCCUCUCAGAGUGUGGACAUGUUGGCAAAGACACAUCCCUAUAACCCACUCUGGGCACAACUAGGAGACUUAUAUGGAGCAAUUGGCUCUCCAGUAAGGUUAGCAAGGACAGUAGUGGUUGGCAAAAGACAAGACAUGGUCCAGAGGCUGCUUUAUUUUCUUACCUAUUUCAUAAGAUGUUCUGAACUUCAAGAGACCCAUCUCCUAGAGAAUGGAGAAGAUGAAGCCAUAGUCAUGCCAGGAACGAUUAUUACCACAACCUUAGAAAAAGGGGAAGUGGAAGAAUCUGAAUAUGUGCUUAUCACAAUGCACAGGAACAAAAGCAGUUUGCUCUUUAGAGAUUCAGAAGAAACAGGGGCUCCUCAUUGUGACUGUAAAUAUUGCAAAUGCCCACUUGUACAAAAUGUAGAGAGUGUUUCACAACAAGAGAAAGAUGUUCAAGACACUUCUCAGCAACUGCUGGAAACUUCUUCAGAUGAGUGCAGGAUAAUUUCUCCUUCUGGCUGCCAAGAAAAUGCUGUUGACAUUAAACAGUGCAGAGAUAAAUUGAGAACCUGCCUUGACACCAAGUUAGAGACUGUAGUUUGCACAGGAUCUGCUCCAGCAGACAAAUGUGUGUUGGCAGACUCAGGACUGGAGCCAGCAAUAGAAACCUGGAGAAGUGUGGAAUCCCUGGACUCAGGCAGCCAGUCAGGGAAAGGGAUGAGAUCAACAGGCAUAGCUGUGGAAAAGAAACCACCAGAUAAGCUCAUACCUACCACAUUUUCUUGUGAUGCUUCACAGACAAAGGUCACGUUUCUUAUUGGGGAUUCCAUGUCACCUGAUUCAGACACAGAAAUCAGAAGUCAGGCUGUUGUGGAUCAAAUCAUAAGGCAUCACAUGAAACCAACAAAGGAGAGAAGAAUGACUGUUACUGAGCAUCAUGAAUCUAAGCUUGUGGUUGAGGACCAAAUCAGAGAUCGUGGAGUACAUGAAGUAUUUCCCAGAGUUGCCAGCGCACCUCCAAAUUGGAAUCAUUCAAAUCUGGAGAACAUGAGUUUAUUUGAUGAAUAUUUUAAUGAUGACUCAAUUGAAACCAGGACUAUUGAUGACGUUCCAGUUAAAACAAGCACACACGUUUUAGAACACCAGAGCAAUGUGUUAGAUUUUUCUAAAAAACUAUGUUCCAAGAAUAACAAACAACCACCCAGUGAAUUUUGUACAUUUGUGGAAUCUGUGCACCAGGAUUCAUGUAAAACCUGCUUUCCAAAGCAGGACCAAAGAGAUACAAAGUCUGUUCAUAUCCCCCAUGGGGACAAAGAGAACUCGGAGAGAAAAAUUGCUGUAGGAACUGAAUGGGACAUUCCAAGAAAUGAAAGUUCAGAUAGUGCUCUUGGUGACAGUGAGAGUGAAGAUGCUGGUCAUGAUAUGACUAGACAGAGCAAUAACUAUUUUGGAGGAGACCGAGAAGACUGGACAGAAGAGGAUGAAAUACCUUUUCCGGGGUCAAAACUAAUUGAAGUGAGCUCUGUCAAACCCAGCAUUGCCAAUUUUGGAAGGUCCUUGCUAGGUGGCUACUGUUCAUCUUAUGUACCUGAUUUUGUUUUGCAAGGAAUAGGAAAUGAUGAGAAACUUCGGCAGUGUUUAAUGUCAGAUUUGUCCCAUGCUGUGCAGCAUCCAGUGUUGGAUGAGCCCAUAGCAGAAGCUGUUUGUAUUAUUGCAGACAUGGAUAAGUGGACUGUACAAGUGGCCAGUAGUCAGAGACGAAUAACAGAUAAUAAGCUGGGAAAGGAAGUUUUAGUUUCUAGUCUUGUCUCCAACUUGCUUCAUUCCACUCUACAGCUUUACAAGCAUAAUUUAUCUCCAAAUUUUUGUGUCAUGCACUUGGAAGAUCGGCUACAGGAACUCUACUUCAAAAGCAAAAUGCUCUCUGAGUAUCUGAAGGGACAGAUGCGAGUCCAUGUCAAAGAGCUGGGCCUGGUGCUAGGGAUUGAAUCCAGUGACCUCCCUCUUCUGGCAGCUGUAGCAAGCACUCACUCUCCAUAUGUUGCCCAGAUACUCCUUUGA